UCGUGGGGCGGGUCUUCUCAUCCCAACUUCCACCCCAAUUUGGUGUCGAGACUUGCGCUCUCGUACCCGCACAGCCGUUCAAGGGUCAGGGAGCCUGGCAAACACCUUGAGGGUAGCAGAUGAGUACUAUGUAUGUUCAUGGAGGGAGAGACGCAGCCACACAGCAUACACAUACACACACACACACACACACACACACACACACACACACACACACGGACACAUGGAGAGAGAGAGAGAGGGAUCUCCCCCGCCAAGCCUACUCAUCCCAGUUGGCCUCGGACAGGGGGUGGUUGCAAACCACGACGCAUCCACACUCUCUCCCAGAUUCUGUCUCUAGUCGUCUCAUACACGCACACUUGGUGUAUUUCCGUUCACUCACACACUCCCCCCUGGCUCCCUCACUCAAAUCGAACUGCACGCUCGCGUCUCCACCGGACUGAUACCCUGUUGGCACCUUCAAACCCAGUCCCGUUCGGUAUCUAUUCUGAGAAACGCUGGCAUUUUUGGUCUGAAGAUCUGGGCUCCUGUGGCACGCCCUGCAGUCGCUCGAGAGGACAUAUAUCAUCUGGUCCAAGGCCACAAAACUAAAUUUUGGUCCACCGGAGCUGGAUUCCCCUUGGUCAGCGAAAGCAACUUUAUCUUUAUUAAGUACCUGUUUAGUCCCUUGCCAAGUUUUCAUCAUCAUCAACCCACAUUUAUUUACACUUCAAGAACAUAUAUCAACAUUCCCCUUUCCCGUGGUAUCUCAGGUGCUUCGUCCUCUUCC